CGAACUAUCACAGAAGGAUCGCACGGUUUCCACAAUUUGAGGUCACCCCGGUUAUCUCCACCUCGAUCAGAUGCGGAGUCCCUUGGUAUCUGCAGCACAGUGGUUCCAUGAUUGCUAGCAGGCUCCGGCUUCCGGGCUUCCGAUGUACACCAGGGCCUAAAUGUAUCGUGACGGACUCUGUCCUCAUCUGGCUCUGACAGAGAUCAUGUUUCUUUUCUCCACGAGUCUUAAAUUGUUGAACAUUAUGUUUCAGAGGCAAUUUCUAAUAAUAAACAGAGUACAAGCCACUAACUUGGGACAAGCUGUAAGUUGGUUCUUGAGUAUUACCGCUGUUAUUGUCCAAAGCCUUCUAGUUUCCCCCAUAGUACUUCUCCGAUUCAUAUCUAUUGAAAAAAGUCUUCUCAUUAAGCAGUGAGUUGGGGGGACCCAACCAGUGGCUCUCUCAACAUGGCAGAAGAAAAGACUAUAGAUGAGUAUUUCCUCUCGAGGGACUUCGUCGAUAUCAACAGACUCAAUCUUCAGCAUUACCUCUAUCGUGAUAUCUUCGGCUACAACCUUCAUCCAAACAUCCCGAUACAAAAUACGCCCAAUCUAUCCGUCGUCGACGUUGGCGCUGGAACCGCAGUUUGGCUUCGAGAUCUACACGCGACGCUUGACCCAACCACGCAAUACCUUGGCUUGGACAUCGACACCCGCCAAGCUGGGCCACCGGAAUGGCUUCCCCCAAACUGCACAGUGAGACAGUGGGAUGCUACAACAGACAUUCCCAUUGACCUUCUUGGGCGAUUCGAUGUUGUGAAUUUGCGCCUCUUCGGGCUCGUCAUCAAGGAAAGCCCGAAGCCCUUGCUCCGGAAGCUGAUCAAAUUGCUGAAGCCCGGUGGAUACAUUCAAUGGUGCGAGACAGACCAGCUUUCUCAUCGAGUCCAGGCCGCCGAUCCAUCACUUCCCACCGAGAACUUGACGGAGCUCUGGCGCCAGACAACACUCAUAGCGCCGAAGCUCAUGGCACCGUGGGUAAAAAGUCUUCCCAAAGACUUUGAGGAAGAAGGGCUUGAGGACGUUGUGGCGGACUGGAAGACGGGCAGCCAACAUACCCUGGUGGCAAUGCACUGGUGUAACAUGCCUCUGUACGAGAUGAUUGAACACCAACUGCGGGCCACAUAUGCUGAGAAGGCCGCUCUUUUUAGGCGCCUAAUUCAAGCAAGUAUUCAGGAAUCAUCCGCUGGUGCCAUGUACGUUUUUGAUCGAGUGGUCGUGGUCGGGCGGAAGUCUCAUGAGACUCGGACAGGGUAG